GAUUGACUCCCUUUGAAAAUUUGCACCAUUUGUAACGAUUGUUGGGAAGAAGAGUUUUUUAGUCUUAAAUAUUGACAAAAAGUGACAACCACAAUUGGUACUGGCAGAAAACAACAACAACAACAAAAACACUGUAGAGCAGUAAAUAUUCCAGUAUUCGAAAAUGUUACCUGAAGAAACAUGUGGCUGAAUAUCCAGUUAAAAAGAAUUAUUUUAUUAAUCAUUGUAGAAAAUUGGUAACCUCAAAAUACAGCUGUCAAUACAGUGUGUUUUAAAUCUUUUACUUGUAGAUUCAAUAUUCAAGUAUAUUUAACAAUGUCUACUAGUGAGGAAAGUUUCAGAUGUAAAAUAUGUGAUCGGUUUCUUUCAUCUAGUGGUAAUCUUAAAAAACAUAUGAAAAUACACACUGGUGAGAGAAAUUAUGAAUGUGCAAUAUGUCGCUGUCUAUUCACACAAAAUGGUCAUCUUAAAAGACAUAUGAAAAUACACACUGGUGAGAAGAAUCAUGAAUGUGAAAUAUGUCAUCGUUCAUUUUCUAAUAGUGGUCAUCUUAAUCAACAUAUGAAAAUACACACUGGUGAGAAGAAUCAUGAAUGUGAAAUAUGUCAUCGUUCAUUUUUUCAAAGUGGGGAUCUUAAAAAACAUAUGACAAUACACACUGGUGAGAAGAAUCAUGAAUGUGAAAUAUGUCAUCGUUCAUUUUCUCUAACAAGUAUAUUAAAACAACAUAUGACAAUACACACUGGUGAGAAGAAUCAUGAAUGUGAAAUAUGUCAUCAUUCAUUUUCUCAAAGUGGUAAUCUUAAAAGGCAUAUGACAAUACACACUGGCGAGAAGAAUCAUCAAUGUGAAACAUGUCAUCGUUCAUUUUUUCAAAGUGGGGAUCUUAAAAGGCAUAUGACAAUACACACUGGUGAGAAGAAUCAUGAAUGUGAAAUAUGUCAUCAUUCAUUUUCUCGUAGUGGCCAUCUUAAUCAACAUAUGAAAAUACACACUGGUGAGAAGAACCAUGAAUGUGAAAUAUGUCAUCGUUCAUUUUUUCAAAGUGGGGAUCUUAAAAAACAUAUGACAAUACACACUGGUGAGAAGAAUCAUGAAUGUGAAAUAUGUCAUCGUUCAUUUUCUCUAACAAGUAUAUUAAAACAACAUAUGACAAUACACACUGGUGAGAAGAAUCAUAAAUGUGAAAUAUGUCAUCAUUCAUUUUCUCAAAGAAGUAAUCUUAAAAGGCAUAUGACAAUACACACUGGUGAGAAGAAUCAUGAAUGUGAAAUAUGUCAUCGUUCAUUUUCUCGAACCAGUAUAUUUAAACAACGUAUGACAAUACACACUGGUGAGAAGAAUCAUAAAUGUGAAAUAUGUCAUUGAUCCUUUUCUCAAAGUGGUCAUCUUAAACAACAUAUGAAAAUACACACUGGUGAGAAGAAUCAUAUAUGUGAAAUAUGUCAUGGUUCAUUUUCUGGAACCAGUAUUCUUAAACAACAUAUGACAAUACACACUGGUGAGAAGAAUCAUCAAUGUGAAAUAUGUCAUCGUUCAUUUUCUCAAAGUGGUCAUCUUAAAAGGCAUAUGACAAUACACACAGGCGAGAAGAAUCAUAAAUGUGAAAUAUGUCAUGGUUCAUUUUCUCAGAGCAGUAGUCUUAAAAACAUCUGACAAUACACACUAGCGAGAAGAAUCAUAAAUGUGAAACGGACAAAAGCCCUCCUGUGAAAUAAACAAGGGAGACAAAAGCCCUCCCGUAACCAAAAUAUAUAUGUAUGUUACUGUGUGUUUUUUUUAAUACACUCAACAUAUAAAAAUUGUAAUAUAUA